AUGGAGAACCUCCUCAUCCCGCUCUUCAAUCUUCUCCUAUUCUUUUUACUUUCCUCCCACGCCAUUAAGGUUGAUCAGUCCACUAUUAACGACGAGUACAGCUACGUUCAAUGCCUCCGCAACCACUCUGUUCCCUCCAAACAACACUUCAAUCCCCAAUCCGCUUUCUACAACCAAUACUUCUCCUCCGUCCAAAGCAGCCGCACCCUCCUGAACUCCUUCAAACCGCUUCUCCUCUUUGUCCCCACCAUCGAAACCCACGUCCAAGCCGCCGUUCUCUGCUCUCGCAGCCUCGCCAUCCCUAUCCGCACCAGCAGCGGUGGCUAUGACGAUGAUGAUCUGUCCUUCGUUCCCACCUCCGGCCGAUUUGUGCUUAUUGACCUCCAAUUCCUCUCUUCCAUCAGCAUUGAUACACAUUCCCCCACAGCCUGGGUGCAUGCCGGAGCCACUCUCGGCGAGCUCUACUACGCCAUCGCCAACCAUAGCAGAACUGUCGCCUUCCCCGCCGGCCCCUCGAGCGACAACGUGGAAGACAUCCGAUUCGUGGUGGGAAGCGGAGAAAUAAAGAAUCGAGGAACCAUGGGCGAAGAUCUAUUCUGGGCGCUGAGAGGCGGAGGAGAGACGAGCUUUGGGGUGAUUCUGGCUUACAAGCUGAGGCUCGUUGCUGUUCCGAGUAAGGUAACUGUUUUCACAGUCUCAAGAACUUUAGAGGAGGAAGCCACAAAGGUGGUGGAUAAAUGGCAGCGAAUGGCUUAUAAGGCGGACAAGAGGCUGUUCAUAACAACGAUAUGGAAGGUUUUGGGAAACGAUUGCGAAGCUGAUGGUCAGAAUAAGAUUAAGAGACUACAGGUUUCUUUCAACUCCUUGUUCCUUGGAGACAAGAAAGAGUUGCUCCUCAUAAUGAAGAUUUUUUUUCCCGAACUCAAGUUGGCGGCAGAGGAUUGUGCAGAAAUGACCUGGAUUGAGUCGGCCCUCUACUUUGCAGGAUAUCAAGGAAAGCCUUUGAGCAGCUUACUGGAGAGAGAUUCUCCCCUGAACUACAGCUCCACGGACAAACCCGACUUCUUACCACAAAGCUUCCACUCGGAAGGAUGGUUUCUAUUGGAUCUUUUGUUGGCUUUCAAUGAAUCUUUGAGGUUUCCUUGGCGGUGUGUUUCUUUUUGGAAUUCCAUUGUGUGA